AAGGCCGACAGCGACGACGACGACGAGGACGACGACGACAGCGACGAGCAGGCCGAGGACGACGACGAGGACGACGAGGACAAGGAGGACAAGAAAGGGAAGAAGGCAGAAGUCUGUGAGGACGAGGAUGAUGGGGACCAGACAGCAAGCGUUGAAGAACUAGAGAAGCAGAUUGAGAAACUGACAAAGCAACAGAGCCAGUACAGAAAGAAGCUGUUCGAGGCUUCGCACUGCUUGCGCUCCAUGAUGUUCGGGCAGGACCGUUACCGGCGCCGGUACUGGAUCCUGCCCCAGUGCGGGGGCAUUUUUGUGGAGGGCAUGGAGAGUGGUGAAGGUCUAGAAGAAAUUGCAAAAGAAAAGGAGAAGUUAAAGAAGGAAGAAAGCAUGCACAUCAAAGAGGAGGAGUUUGAAACAGAAGAAAAAUUACACUGUUUAGAUACAGCUCACUGUGAGCAAAAGGACGAUCUGAAGGAAAAGGACAACACUAAUUUGUUUUUACAAAAGCCUGGGUCAUUUUCCAAGCUAAGCAAACUGUUAGAGGUAGCAAAAAUGCCACCUGACUCCGACAUGAUGUCCCCAAAGCCUAACGGCAGUGCAGCCAAUGGCUGCACAUUGUCUUACCCCAGUAACUCCAAGAACUCUCUCUGCAGCCUGCAGCCCUCAGCACCCCCGAGCGCCGACAAGUGCGACCCUAACAGCCUUUUCAGCCCUAACGCCAGCGGGACGGGCAAGUUUUACAGUGCUCCCCUCCUGCCAAACGACCAGCUGCUGAAGACGCUGACGGAGAAGGGCAGGCAGUGGUUCAGCCUUCUGCCACGGGUGCCCUGCGACGACACCUCGGUGACGCGCGUGGACGCGCCGCCCGGCGCUGCCUCCCUCGCGCCGCAGUCGCCCUCCAAGUCACCCUCCCCUGUGCCAUCCCCUCUGCUGGGCUCAGCCUCUGCUCAGAGUCCCAUGGCACUGAGUCCCUUUGCCCUGUCACCGCUGCAGAUGAAGACUGGACUACCCAUAAUGGGACUUCAGUUCUGUGGAUGGCCUACAGGAGUUCUCACCUCAAAUGUUCCAUUUCCAUCUCCUUUACCUGCUCUCGGAUCAGGGUUGGGACUGUCAGAAGUGAAUGGUAACUCAUUCUUGGCAUCUAGUGUUCCUGCAAGUAAAAGUGAAUCACCAGCACUACAAACUGAAAAAAUAGUUUCUGCCCCUUCUACAGCAUCUGAAGUAGCCAAGCCAGUCGAUUAUCCCAACCCAAAACCUAUACCAGAGGAAAUGCAGUAUGGGUGGUGGAGGAUUACUGAUCCAGAGGACCUAAAGUCUUUGCUUAAAGUGCUGCAUCUCAGGGGAAUAAGAGAAAAGGCCUUACAAAAGCAAAUACAGAAACACAUGGAUUAUAUCACUCUGGCCUGCAUCAAAAACAAGGAUGUUGCAAUUAUUGAUAUCAAUGAAAAUGAAGAUAACCAGGUAACUCGGGAUGUUGUGGAAAACUGGUCAGUAGAAGAACAAGCAAUGGAGAUGGAUCUUGCUAUUCUGCAGCAGGUGGAAGAUCUAGAGAGGAGAGUUGCAUCAGCUAGUUUGCAAGUUAAGGGUUGGCUGUGUCCUGAACCUGCUUCAGAGAGAGACGACUUGGUAUAUCGUGAACAUAAGUCAAUUGCUAGAUUGCACAAGAAGCACGAUGGGGAUUGUGCUGGAGGCGGAGAAGGCAGUGCCAGCUCUCUAGAGCGGAGGAGUGACAACCCUCUAGAUAUAGCUGUCACCAGGCUUGCUGACUUGGAGCGGAACAUAGAGCGAAGGUAUCUGAAGAGCCCCUUAAGUACCACCAUUCAGAUCAAACUGGAUAAUGUGGGCACAGUUACUGUCCCUGCUCCUGCACCAUCCAUUAGUGGUGAUGGUGACGGAACUGAAGAGGAUAUUGCCCCAGGGCUGAGGGUGUGGAGAAGGGCACUGUCAGAAGCACGCAGUGCUGCACAGGUGGCUCUGUGCAUUCAGCAGUUACAGAAAUCAAUAGCAUGGGAAAAAUCUAUUAUGAAGGUUUACUGCCAGAUUUGCCGGAAGGGAGACAACGAGGAACUGCUGCUGCUCUGUGAUGGGUGUGACAAAGGCUGUCACACCUACUGCCACCGGCCCAAGAUCACCACCAUCCCCGACGGGGACUGGUUCUGCCCUGCCUGCAUAGCAAAGGCUAGUGGUCAAACUCUAAAGAUAAAAAAGCUUCAAAUCAAAGGGAAAAAGAGUAUGGAGCAGAAGAGAAGCAGGAAAUCAGGAGAAACAGAGGACGAAGACUCUGCAACGACAAGCGCCUCCCUAAAACGAGGGAAAACGGACCCCAAGAAAAGAAAAAUGGAUGAAAAUGUUUCUGUAAGCCAGUUAAAGCAAGAGAACCUCACUGCUGUGAAGAAACCUAAGAGAGAUGACUCCAAGGACCUGGCUAUGUGCAGCGUGAUUCUGUCAGAGCUGGAAACCCAUGAAGAUGCCUGGCCUUUCUUACUUCCUGUAAACUUGAAACUUGUUCCUGGUUAUAAGAAAGUUAUUAAAAAACCUAUGGACUUCUCCACCAUUAGAGACAAGCUAAGUAGUGGACAGUACCCCAACCUCGAGGCAUUUUCCCUGGAUGUCAGGCUGGUCUUCGACAACUGUGAGACCUUCAACGAGGAUGACUCCGACAUCGGCAGGGCAGGCCACAGCAUGAGGAAGUACUUCGAGAAAAAAUGGACAGAGAUGUUCAAAGUGAGCUGAAGCUGCCACCACUCUUUUCUUUCUUCCCUUUUUGUUUCCAUUGGAUGAGGACUGAGGAGACCAGCAGUGAGGACUGUACUGGUGUGAGAGUGCGAGGCACACGCGUAGCUAGUGACUGGUUUCUCCCUCUGCAGUGUCACAGUCGUGAUGCUCGUUCUAAAGGCUUCACUCCUACAGCAGCCCCUGGUUAUUGGUCUGUGUGUGGUAACAAACUGAUUUAGGUAGAACAGGGAAGCACACCCAAAGAAUUUCAAAGAAGGGGUGUUCUAGUGCAAUAGCAAUUUAUCAAAACGCACUGAAUAUUCAACCACCAGAGCUCUACUUGGGGAAAUGGUUCUCCUUUCCCUCUCAAUAAAUAUAUAUUUUUCAUUUUUUUACUUUGUAGUUUAUUUUUUAGUGAAUGUAUUUAAUUUUAUGAAUUAUUUAUGAUUAUACAGCAUUCAGAAUCUUCGUUUUCUGUGAAAAGGAAGAAUUAGAAAAUUGCUUUAAAUGUUGAAAAUACAACAAGGAAUGUUUUAAAAUAUAAAACAAAGCCAAGUAAAACUGUUUACACUGAUGUGCUGUGAAAGCACUAAAAAUUAAACUUUACUGUAGAGUUACAAGUACAUUUAUAUAUAUGUUGCUGCAUCACUUGUGUAGUUAAAUUGUAUUUCAAGACAAUGAAGAAUUGAGACAUGUACAUACUGUUCAUUAUUGUUUAUAUUAAGUCUUGUUUUAAAUAUGUAUGAUGUGUACAUAUUGUUUGCAGACAUUAUUGUUUAUGCCUUAGGAGGACAGUAGCAUUUUAUUUUAAUCUUAAGGUAAUUAUAGCUCUAUGGCUUGUACAGUAAUUAUCCUCUACCAACACUGUGGAGUCUCCUUAAUCUUGGUAGUGCCUGCCUUUAAAACAGGGUGUAGGGGAUAUUAGUUUUCCAUUUUUCUAUUUUGUUAUAUAAUUUCAAGCCACCACGGCCUCGAAUCGAGUAUAACCAUUUGUACCCAUGUGGCAGAAAGUCGUGACCGAUUUCCUACGCACACAGUAUUUUUUCAUAGAAACAUUUCCCUCCAUUUGCCUUGCCACAGAAUUACAGACAAAGACAUUUGUAACCACUGUGUUUUAUCUACUGUGUGUUGUGGUGGCCUGUUGGGGCAGAUAGAUCAGAGUUUCUUUUGUACUAAUGUAAGAGUACUUGAAGUUUUAUUUAAGAGAAAUGUUGUGGAAAGGUAGCAUUCUUUUUCUUUUCCUUUUUUAGGAGUGUUAUUUUUCACUAGUAUGUGUGGCACGGAUACAAUAAAAGACUGUUUUGGAAACCA